AUCAGGUUAACCACCACACGAGCUACUCUGUCCAGCGGGCUGGUGGAAGCUGCUGACACCUCUCCAGCUGAGAGGAAGCGACGGGUGGAAGGUAGAGUAGAUGAGGUCCUGUGUUCAUAAUAAAAUGUGGGGGAGCCGGGCCUUUCUCGCCGGCUGGCUGCUGUUGCUGCUUGUCCAGCUGUUGUGUUUGGAGGCUGUGCCCAUCAGCAUCGACAAGACGAAAGUCAAAGAACCAGAGAAAAAGCCUGAAGAGCCUCCAGCCAGUGUGGACACUGGACUCCACUAUGACCGCUACCUCAGAGAAGUCAUUGAUUUUCUAGAGAAGGAUCAGCAUUUCAGGGAAAAGCUCCACAAUACAGACAUGGAAGACAUUAAGCAAGGUAAGCUGGCCAAAGAGCUAGACUUUGUCAGCCAUCAUGUCAGAACAAAACUAGAUGAGUUAAAAAGGCAGGAGGUAAACCGACUCCGGACCCUGAUUAAGGCCAAGCAGGACCUUGAAGGAGGAAAUGACAUAGCAGUGGACCAUCAAGCGCUGCUGAAACAGUUUGAAUACUUGAACCACAUGAACCCACACACGUUUGAAGUGGAAGAUCUGGAUCGGCUGAUCAGAUCGGCCACUAAAGAUCUGGAGAACUAUGACAAAGAGAGACACGAGGAGUUCAAGAGGUACGAAAUGAUGAAAGAGCACGACAGACGAGAACACCUGAAAACACUGGAUGAUGAGGAGAGGAAGAAAGAGGAGGAACACUUUGAGGAGAUGAAGAAGAAGCACGCCGACCACCCUAAAGUCAACCACCCGGGAAGUCAGAAUCAGCUGAAGGAGGUCUGGGAGGAAGCUGAUGGCUUAGAUCCUGAAGAUUUUGAUCCUAAGACAUUCUUCAACCUGCAUGAUACAAAUGGAGAUGGCUUCUUUGAUGAACAGGAGUUGGAGGCAUUGUUCACCAAAGAGCUGGAAAAGAUUUAUGACCCCACCAACGAGGAGGACGACAUGGUGGAGAUGGAGGAAGAGAGGCUACGUAUGAGAGAGCAUGUUAUGAAUGAGGUGGAUUCAAAUAAAGACAGGCUGGUCUCUCUGGAUGAGUUCCUUGUUGCUACUAAGAAGAAAGAAUUCUUGGAGCCAGAUAGCUGGGAGACCUUGGAGCAGAACCAGGCUUAUACCGAUGACGAGAUGAGGGAGUUUGAGGAGCAUCUUGCUCAGCAAGAGCAGGAUCUCAACCAGAAGGCUUUUGACCUCCAGAAACAGAGAGAUGAGCUGGAAAGACAACAGGAGCAGCUUAAUGCACAGAAAAUGGAGCUACAACAGGCAGUUGAGCAUAUGGAACGUCUCAAGUCACAGAAAGUAGACCCUCCUCCAGAGGUUCUCGGGAACGCCGUCCCAGAAAUCCCUGCAGUUGACAGCCAACUGCAUGAGGCCCAACAACAAGGACAUGACUCUGCACCCCAAGGACAUCACCCUGUACCCGAAGGCCAUGACCCUGCACUCCAAGAACAUCACCCUUUACCCGAAGGACAUGACCCUGCACCCCAAGGUCAUGACUCUGCACCCCAAGCUCCUCAGGAUAUACCACAGGAACACCAUGGACAAGAAAAUCAAAACCAGGCCCAGCAAGGUCUCCCUCAAACACAUGAUAAUAUACCACCUGGUCAUCAAGAAGUUGUGCAAAGCCAGAAUCAGCUGCCAUAAUAAUGUGCACAAAACUUUACAAUCAGACUUUUUCAGCACCUGCACUCGUAAGUGCUGAGGAGCAGUCCCAUCAGAGUAUAAGGACCUCUUUAACCACCCUGACCAGCAUUAGUGGUUUGAAGUGCAUUUGAGAAGAACAACCACUCAAAGGGAAUCCGUUACCCCAGAUUUCAGUCUUGGUGACAGUAAUCCCUUCAUUACAUAAUUAAAUCACACAGUGAAAUGACCUACAUGGGUUUGGAUCCUGAUAUGUGCAUACAUAGAUUUUACCACAGUUGUGUUUGCUUACAUUGAGGGUGUUUUUUUUUAAUAGAAUCAUAUAAAUAAUAUUUUGUGAGCUUUCAGACCGGUUGUUUGUUUCCUCUCAAAAUGACUUGCUGCUUGCUAAACAUCCUGACCCAAGAGCCUUCUGGAUAUGUACAGUGCAGCUGUUUAAGAAGAUAAGGUGUAAAAAUACUCAUUUUAAUUACAGCCUUUGAGAUUUAGAUUUUUUUAAAUUACUAUCAAUAUACUCCAAAAAAACCUGCAAAAAAAAAGACAUGCAUGAAUCAUGAUGGACCUUAUGAAAACAUACUUCAAGAGUUAACUGCAAGAUGUUUGUUUUAUUUAAUUAUGACACUAAAUUGGCAAAAAAAAAAAAAUCUACGGUAGCAAAUGCAACAAGCUUACAUCAUUUUCACACCAUCCCCAGACAUCGCACUAAAAAAAACUAAGGAAUUGAUACAAGCAGCCGCUGUGUUGUGUAAUGAUCUACAAGGUGCUGUCAGAUCUGCAGCUAUCACUGUGACCUGACAUUUACAAUCCUUUAACCUUCAACACCUUAUGAAGCCAGGUCGCUGUCUUUUUUUCCAAAUGCUCCCUUCUUAAUGGUCAUUUUGCUUCCCCUCAAACUACCAGUUUACUAUUUUCCUACUAUAACACAUUUUUUUCUUUAUGUGUACAGUUAAUUUACUGUACUGAACAGUAAAAGCUCUUAAAUAGUGCUUUUGUUAAAUAGUAUAAUGAACUCAUGGUCCAUACACAUGUAUUGCUACGUGAUUCUGAUGAAACAGUUUUGAUAUUGUUUAUUUAAGGUUUACUUUUACCUAACCAUCUAGUAUUUUGCUGAAACCGUCUGUCAAAGUAAGGCAAUGAAAACCUUGAAUUUUGUUUCUCUGUUCAUUUUGAGGCAUUUAUGACUUUUACAUGAAAGAGAACAUAUUAGCAUAUUUGGCAAAAUGCUGGUUUGGUGUUACAUGCUGUGUUAGCCUGUAUGCUUUUGUUUAAUGUAAAUUUGCUUCUUCAAUUCGGGGAGAAUAAUGAGAUAUUUGAGAGUUGCUGCCGCUUCUCACUGAAGACCUAAAUUUUCAGUUGGUGAGAUCUCUGCUUUUUGGUUUUACCUUACAAAAUUUAAGAAAACGUCUUUAUUUGCCUUGUCAGUCGUUUCCCGUGUGCCAUGCAUUAUAUUUUGCACAAAAUGUAAAGCUGGUGUUUGAUUUCUUGCUGCUGGAUCCAAAGGUCAUUUGACAAAAUUGCACACCUCACUUAAAAUAAAGUGGUUCAGGUUGUCAAACAGAUUUCACUGCUAAUGUUUGAGCGAUGCCUUUCCUGUGGGACAUUUACCUCCAGUGAAACCAUGAACAGAUGCAAUGUAAUAAAAAGGAUGGGCUGUUUCCAUAGCUGUUAUUGUCAUA